GCAAGCUAGGGCGGGAUCUGCAAGCUGGAAGGAGGCGGUGUCUUCAGGGCCCAGCGGGCGGGGUGGUGGUGGAUUAGGGGGUGGACAGAAGCUUUCGCCCGCGGCGGACUGUGGCCCACUCUGGCUGCAAAGGCUCUCGCAGCGUGAAUACCAUGGGCUCUUGCUCCGGCCGCUGCACGCUUCUUGCGCUCUGUGCUCUGCAGCUGGUCACUGCUCUGGAACGGCAGGUGUUUGACUUCCUGGGCUACCAGUGGGCACCCAUCCUCGCCAACUUCGUCCACAUCGUCGUGGUCAUCUUGGGACUCUUUGGCACCAUUCAGUAUCGCCCACGCUACAUCGUGGUGUAUGCUGUAUGGGCAGCUGUCUGGGUUACCUGGAACGUCUUCAUUAUCUGCUUCUACCUGGAAGUGGGGGGCCUCUCAAAGGACAGUGAGCUCUUGACCUUCAAGCUCUCCCGGCAUCGCUCCUGGUGGGAAGAGCAUGGGCCAGGCUGUCUUCAUGAACAGGCAGCCACAGCUGGCCUAGGGACACUGCAUGGCCAGUACUUGGUGGUGGGUGCUGGCUGUGCCAUGGCACACACCUAUGUGGAAGCUCUACACAGUGGCUUACAGAUCCUGCUGGCGCUCCUGGGUCUCGUCUAUGGCUGCUACGUGGUCAGUGUGCUUACAGAAGAAGAGGACAGCUUUGAUUUCAUUGGUGGAUUUGACCCAUUCCCCCUGUACCAUGUCAAUGAAAAGCCGUCCAGCCUCUUGUCCAAGCAGGCGUAUUUGCUGCUCUGAUCUCUGCCUUCUCCACAGGCCUGCAUAAGUAAGGGAAUGGCUGACCCUGCUCCUGCAACCCAGCUUCAACCAUGAAA